AUGAUGGACGGAAAUGAUAUAGCCUCGGAAACCAACAGAAAAGGUGUUAUAUCUCAGGCAUGGACCCGAUUGUCACAGAUUUAUCAAGGUCUUCUAGACAAAUGGACGCCACACACUAAAAGUAGAUGGGUGGCAUCUUUUCUUCUUCUAAUGAUAUUUAUCUUGCGAAUAUUUUUAAAACAAGGCUGGUAUAUAGUCACUUAUGCAUUAGGAAUAUAUCACUUAAAUCUGUUUAUUGCAUUCCUCACACCAAAAAUUGAUCCUGCUAUGGACUUUGAUGCAGAAGACGAAAAUGGUCCAGCUCUGCCGACAAGAGCAUCUGAAGAAUUUAGACCAUUCAUAAGGAGACUGCCGGAAUUCAAAUUUUGGUUAUCCGUUACCAAAAGCACAUUAAUAGGCUUUUGCUGUACAUUUAUUGAUGCCUUUAAUAUACCUGUAUUUUGGCCUAUACUAGUAAUGUAUUUCAUCACUUUAUUCUGCUUAACCAUGAAGAGACAAAUUAAGCAUAUGAUUAAAUACCGCUACCUACCAUUCACUCACAACAAACCGAAAUACAGAACAGUGGAUUCAUCUGUGACUGUAAACUGA